AGAGCAGAAGCAAAGCGAGCAACAGAGCAGAAGCAAAGCGCAGAGCUAGCAAGUGACCGACCGAGAGCAAAUAGGCAAGGCAACGCAGGCAAGAUGGUGCAGCAAGCCGCGAAGGAGGUGAUCCCGCUGCUGACGCCUUACAAGAUGGGGCAGUUCGAGCUCUCUCACCGGGUGGUGCUGGCGCCGCUGACGAGGUGCCGCUCCUACGGCAACGUGCCGCAGCCACACGCCGCCGUGUACUACUCGCAACGCGCCACCAGGGGUGGCCUGCUCAUCGCGGAGGCCACGGGGGUGUCGGCCACCGCGCAGGGGUUCCCGGAGUCUCCUGGCAUCUGGACGCAGGAGCAGGUCGAGGCGUGGAAGCCCAUCGUCGACGCCGUCCACCGCAAGGGCGCCAUCUUCGUCUGCCAGAUCUGGCAUGUGGGCAGGGUCUCCACCAACGAGCUCCAGCCCAACGGCGACGCGCCUAUCUCGAGCACGGACAAGCAGAUCUCCCCCGACGCCAAGUCCGGAACGGCGUACUCGAAGCCGCGCCGGCUGCGGACCGACGAGGUCCCCGGGAUCGUCGACGACUUCAGGCGGGCCGCACGGAACGCGAUCCAGGCUGGUUUCGACGCCGUCGAGAUCCACGGCGCGCACGGGUACCUCCUGGAGCAGUUCAUGAAGGACAGCUGCAACGACCGCACGGACCAGUACGGCGGCAGCCUGGAGAACCGGUGCCGUCUCGCCGUGGAGGUCGUGGACGCCGUCGUCCGCGAGGUGGGCGCGCGCCGCGUCGGCAUCAGGCUGUCGCCCUUCGUCGACUUCGUGGACUGCGUGGACUCGGACCCGGUGGCGCUCGGCCACUACAUGGUGCAGCAGCUCAACAGGCAUAGCGGCUUGCUCUACUGCCACAUGGUGGAGCCCCGCAUUACCGCCCACGGGCGCAGGCAGAUCCCUCACGGGCUCUUGCCGUUCCGAAAGGCGUUUCAUGGAACGUUCAUCGCCGCCGGUGGGUACGAUCGGGAGGAAGGCAACAAGGUGGUGGCAGAAGGGUAUGCUGACCUCGUCGCGUAUGGGAAGCUGUUCUUGGCUAACCCGGACCUGCCUAGGAGGUUCGAGCUGGAUGUGGCACUCAACAAAUACGACCGCUCCACCUUCUACACGCAAGAUCCUAUUGUUGGCUACACAGAUUACCCUUUCUUUGAAGAAGAAGAUGGCAAGAAUGAGAGGUGAAAUCUGAUAAUGUGGAGGGUUCAUCAAGUAUAAGUUCGUCAUUAUUUCCACCAUUCAUUAUUGGUCAUUGUGGUGGAGUCAUUGUGUCAUGUUGUUUCAUUCUGUACUAGUGUGGUGUGAAGUGAAAUAAAUCUAUUUGGUGAAAUUGUUAUAAAAUAAAUUAUAGACUUGUCGGAUUUACACUCUAUUGUUAAGGGGCUAUUUGUAUGGAGGUAUAUCAGUUUUUAGACGCAA